UAUUAAUCCUCGGUUCCUCUGAGUUCCUCUGAAAAGACGCUUUACUUUUUCUAAGGUCUCACAAAAAGGCGUCUAUGAUUCCAAAAAAGAUAUUGCUCAGCUUUUCCCCAUUACCCUUUGAAAGGAUAAUAGACUUGCAACACUUCUUCUUCGUGAAAAUUCAUUGAUGACGGGCAAGAACCCUGAGACUCGAUGGCGCAGAGAAGCAUGAUUGAUAAACUACUGAAUACUUGACUCUCGACAAUAUGUUACAACAAAUACAAUCCACUUCAUUCUUGGAGGAUGUUGCCAGUGGUCUGCCACGUUCGUUCAAAGACGUGCUGGCUCACGUGGAUGAGGCGACGAAGCAGAUUGCUGGUGGUCUCGAUGAGAAAGCACCGAUUCACAGUGACGUCGCGUUAUCCUGGCCCAAGGUGACGCCUUCUAUAGGGACGAUGCCUGUGGGCGAACCAAUGGGUUUGCUGUCGGCACAUCAAGGUGGAAAUUUUGAACAUGGACCACAUUCCGAUGCCACGUCAACUUCUAGCUCUGCAGCAGAUCCAUCUUCUUCAACUAAAUCCAUACCCACUUACGGUGCCCCAUCUAGAGACGUUGCGUUACGGAAUCCGAUUCCCGAAGUGGAGAUGGCAGAGGGACUGAUUUCACGCAUCAAAACUCUAGCAGAGCGCGCUAGCGAAACCAUGCAGCAACAGCUAGAAGCCUUUGGAUCCAUGAGGGCUACUUUAGUUAUGCGCUGGUAGACGAGGUUUUUUGAAUUUAGCUAUCUGUGGGGUUACUUUUUUUAUGUGAUAUAUGACGUUUUUGUUGAAAGAAAAUUUUACUCUACAACAUACCAAAGACUGACGCCGUAGUUCUAAUCCAAAGGGGCAUGCUGCAAAGAAUGCAGACGGUGGCGGAACCGGUCCAGGAGGGUUGGCGGAUAAGGCAGCUGCCCUUGCGGAGUUUAGCCGCGAAAGAGACCUGAUAGAAUACAUAGAUGAUGAUGCACUGGUGGUGAAAAAAGAACUCUGAAGAUUGUUACUGUAAGAAAGGAUGAUGCAUGUGUUGUAACUGUCAGAAAGGAACUCUGAAGAUAUGUAUGAUGAAUACUUGCUCUUCUUUUGUAAACAUUGUUCCAGCAAAGUAGAGAU